AGAAGCUGCAAUAGAGCAUUCUACAAUUGUUUGACUGCAGGCUUGUGGCUCGCCAGCGUCAUACAACCUUCAUGUGCGUGGUCUUAUAGCCCCGUAAAGCUGAAGAGAUCGAUAAAAAUCCGGCUGUACCACAUCCGAACUUUUUCCAAGACAAGCGCAACAAAACUACUAAUUAUUGAACAUUCGAAGCACCAAAGAGAGCCAGUCCCAGACCGCUGUGUACAUAGCUCACAACAUGCAUGAAUUCGAAGAUGAUGCUUCGCGGCGCGAAAAGUGCUUCACAAGUCUAGGCCAACUGCCGCCAUUUGUCGAUCCUAAGCAACCACCCACCAAGAAGGCUCCCUUCUCAGCCAUCCUGGCUCAUCCGUUCAUUCACACGGUCGAAGUCACUCUGCCCAAAGAGGCCUACAGCACCAUUCAGUCAUCGCUCGAGAGCAGACUACAGAAACUCCGUUAUGCGAGGGUGUUCAUGUCCCUGUCGUCUCUAUUGGAGACGGAGUUCUUCAACACCUACAUCAAGACAGGAAACAUCCUCAUGAUCUCAGAGGGUCGGUCAGGCUCAGAUAGUGUCUUCACUCUCCGCGACGGCAUCUUGAAACUCGAGCUCAGCAGAGAAAUUUACGAGCGCACCGGUCUGACCGGCAAGCCCAUCCGCAGCGGCGGUAGAAAGCACGCCAAAGAACGAUACGUUAUUGAGCUCAACCUCCGCUUACCCUCCAUGCUCCACGGCAAGAAGGGCUUCAAACGGAUCGAAUGGGCCUUCCAGAACGUCCUCAAUCAAUCCGUAGCAUGGCUCUUCUUCGAUCUAUCAUCUGAUACGAAUGGCAUUGCCGAUGCCGAUCAAACCCUCAAAGGCAACAACCCGCAAAUUCUUCCCUGCGAACCAACCCUCACCGAACACCCGCAGGUCCUCGUCCCGCCUCUCGACACCCUCAAAAUCACCCCGACCGGCCUCAACCCAUCCGGCGCUGCUGCUGCUACUACUACUACUACUAAGACUAUUACUGAUCAAGAAGAACUGCGCGACCAAUGCACCGAGAUCUCCGACUGGCUAGCCAUGGUGUCCCUCUCCUCGCCGCGCGUCACCGCCACGGACGACAUAGAUCCUUACUUGAGUCGAUACAGCGUCCCCGAUGCCGACGAGGCGCAGGCCACGGAUCUCGUCUCGCUGCGGUGGCGCGGCUUGAUCCCGGCCAAGUGGAUUGUGGGCUUGGUUGUUCAUUUACUACGCGAGACGGCUGCUGGUGGCUCCGCUGCGUCGUCGGCUUGGUUUGCUCUCUCUGCGAAUGCGCUGGCGAGGGAGGCCGUUGAAGCUCGCGACGGGUAUUCGCUUCUGGUGCUGCCAGCGUUGACGGUACCGUUAGGGGACCCGGGACAGGAGACGGUGGGCAAGGAGGCAAUUGUUGCGGCGAGGCGGUCGGGCAGGCACUUUGUUAGUUGGGAGUUUGUGGGGGCGUCGGUUGUGGUGUAAGAGGUUUGCGUGACGACUUGCUUCAGAUUCCCCUCUUGAAAAGGCAAAAUAGUGUUGGCUUAUACCCCGUUCUAGAAGGAUUGGGCAUUCGGUGAAGAAGAUG